AUGGCGACACAUUCCCAGCCGGUGGAGGAUAUCACCAAGACGGCGUCAAUCAAAACCGUUGACGACCCCAAUUUACAAGGAUAUGCAUCUGCUUCUGGGAUAGUUGAUGAAGUCACCAGGGUCAUUGACCACAAGGCCGAGCGGCGUUUAUGCCGUCGGUUCGACUUUCGUUUGCUCCCUGUUCUAGCGGUCAUGUACCUCUUCAAUGCCCUCGACAAAGGGAACCUGGGAAAUGCAGAGACGGCUGGGAUGGCAGAUGACCUUCACUUCAAACCGGGCCAGUACAAUCUUCUCUUGUCAAUCUUCUUUGUACCGUUUGUGAUAUUUGCACCGCCAUUCUCAAUGCUCGGCAAGAAGUUCAGUCCGGCUCGAGUGCUACCAAUCUUGAUGUUUUCCUUUGGAUGUUUUACCAUGCUAUCCUCAGCCGCACACAAUUUCGGUGGCCUAUUCGCUUUGCGUUGGUUCUUGGGCAUGUCCGAGGCAGCAUUCUUCCCAUUGGUUAUCUACUACUUGACCACUUUCUAUCGGCGUGGUGAGCUCGCUCGUCGCCUGGCUAUCUUCUACGCUGCCUCCAACAUCGCCAACGCCUUCUCCGGCUUGAUUGCAUUUGGAGUGUUUCAGAUCAAAGGGUCGAGUAUCCCAAAUUGGCGCUAUCUCUUUAUCAUCGAGGGUGCUGUCACCGUGGUUUUCGCCAGUUUCGCCUUCUUCUAUCUACCCAAGAGUGCUGCCGAGGCCAAGUUUCUUUCUGAAGAGGAGAAAGCGUUGGCUUUCCAUCGUAUCCAGGUCGACUCGAGUGCUGUGGUCAACGAGAAAUUCAACCUACGCGAUGCUCUGGUGAUUUUCAAGCAUCCCACAACCUAUGUCUUCCUGUGCAUUGAAAUCUGUCUGGGCGUGCCGCUGCAAGGUGUCGCCCUCUUCAUGCCACAGAUUGUCGCGCGCUUGGGCUACCCGACCGUCAAAACAAACCUCUAUACAGUGGCUCCUAACGUGACCGGUGCGGUCAUGCUGCUCGUCUUGGCCUUCCUCUCUGAUUGGACUCGACUGCGAUCGCCGUUCAUCGUACUCGGUUUCUUAUUCACUUUUACCGGAUUCAUGAUCUAUGCAUCCAUUGACGACGUCCAUAGUCAGUUGCAAUUGGCCUACUUUGCCACCUUUAUGAUGACCUGGGGUACAUCAGCCCCGUCCGUUAUGCUGAGUACAUGGUAUAACAACAACAUCGCGCACGAAGGCCGCCGUGUGCUGUUAACGAGUAUUGGUGUCCCACUGGCCAAUCUGAUGGGCCUGGUGAGCAGUAAUGUCUUCCGAGAGCAAGAUGCGCCCAAGUAUAUGCCCGCGCUGAUUACGGUGUCGGCAUUCGGAGCAACAGGUGCCUGUCUGGCAGGCUUGCUGGCCUUGUAUAUGUGGUUGGAUAAUAAGCGGCGCGACCGGCGCGAUGGAGUGACUAUUCGAGCGCGAGAUAUUCCCACGGAGCGAAUGCGAGAUGGUCCGUCAUCACCUGAGUUCCGCUGGUUUUUGUAA